GAGAGGGAGGGAGAGAGAGAGAGAGAGAGAUGCUGCGGCUGUAUUCAGAGCUGAGCGGAGGAUUUUACAGGCCGGAGCUGAAAUGAAGGCCGGGGCGUCCUCUAUGUGGGCGUCCUGUUGUGGAUUGUUGAAUGAGGUGAUCGGUACAGGGUCAGUGCGGGGGCAGCAACCUGGUUUUGGUGGGGCUGCCGGACCCUUCCGUUUCGCCCCGAGUGCCGGAUACUCCACCUACCCACCGACCCCGACCCCCACUGCCACCGCUGGACUGGUGUGCAAGGCCUGUGGACUCGCAUUCUCUGUCUUCAGACGCAAGCAUGUUUGUUCGGACUGUAAGAAGAGCUUCUGCUCGCUGUGCUCAGUGCUGCAAGAGAACCUGCGCAGGUGUGUUACCUGCCACCUGCUGUGGGGGACAGCGUUCCAGCGACGACGUUUGAUGCGUCUGCGUGUGAAGGACCUGCGCCAGUACCUGCGUCUGCGCAACAUCAGCACUGACACCUGCAGGGAGAAGGAGGAUCUGGUGGAGCUGGUGCUCAGACACCUGGGAGCAGAGCUACAGCCACCUGAGGACCAGGAGGAGGAAGAGGAGGAGGAGGAGGAAGAGGAGGAGGCGGAGUCAGACAAUCUGCACCCUGCUCUGCCCACAGCCCUAACCCCACCCCCUACAGCACGCUCCACCUCCCAGCACUCUGUCUCUGCACUGUCAGUCUCUGCCUCUCAGGGAGAAACUCCCAGCCCCAGCAACAGCUCAGGAACCAGCCAGGAUCACGGGGACAUUGCAUCUGUCUCUCUCCUGACACUGGAGCCCAAUGAUCGUUUACUAGAGUCCAGUCCGGUGGUGCAGCGGCGAGCACGGGCCUCUCUUUCUGAUCUGUCCCACGAGGAGGACAUCGAAGCUCUCACCGUUCGGCAGCUGAAGGAGAUUUUAGCGCGUAACUUUGUUAAUUUUUCGGGCUGCUGUGAGAAAUGGGAGCUGGUGGAGCGAGUGCACCGACUGUACCGAGAAAAUGAAAUCAACCGCAGGUCCAUGGAAAAUGUGAGCAACAGCAUCACGGCAGUGGUGGCGUAUCCUCCUCCGAUAUGUGAUGGAGGAGUCGGAGAUGGUGGCACUGUAGCUCCUCUGGGUUCAGUGGAUGAGAACCUGUGCCGUAUCUGUAUGGACGCUGUGAUCGACUGUGUCCUGCUGGAGUGCGGUCACAUGGUCACCUGCACUAAGUGUGGAAAGAGGAUGAACGAGUGCCCGAUCUGCAGGCAGUACGUGGUCCGAGCCGUGCACGUCUUCAAAUCCUAACACUCGCACUUGCGCUGCUCCGGACCGGACUCAGAGGCGCACCCUACAGGACUGCUGCUGGACAAACGCCUCCGAUGGACUGAAUGCAAAAUUUUCAUCUUAUUCACUGACUCUAGCUGUCACCCUCUUGAGUUCCAGUCUGUGUGUGCGUACUAACCCAGGGUAAGUGUGUUUUAGUGAUUGAAAUAAAACGUAGGAGAAGAUCCGACGUGGUUUACACUCCUCCAAAUGUUUCAUGUGCAAUAUAAGAUAAAGAACUGAAGUGUGUGAGUAGAGGGUGAACCGUUUGCCGUUAAAGACGCUGAUCAUCCGUAGCAGGACUGAAGCCAGCAGUGCUGUAUAGCAUGGAGGUGCCAAAUACACGUCCCACUGUUACUGUUAGAAACAUCACGCCACGCUCUGAAUUACAGUCCACACCUGGCAACCGCAUGACCAGCUAAGAGCGGAUACACAGACAUCCUGAAGCACCACACCCCUGCAGACAGAGCUAGAGCGCCCACUGAGCCAGAGAAAGAGGUCAGCACCUUCACUGGAUCUGCUUCAGCCAUUAUGUAGCCACUGACCUCAGUAUGGAAGGCUGUUCCUGCCAGGUAGAGGAAAAAUCACCUGUUCUUCUGAUUCUCACAGCAGUAUGCCCACAUAUUGUGACUUAUUGCCCCAAAUUAUUUGUGUAUUAUAAAACAAUGACAUUGUCCUAAAAUAUUAAUGUAUUAUUAUAAAACAAUUAUUUUCCCAAAAUAUUCAAUCAUUAUAACAUUAUCUUUUUUUUCCUGACUUUUUCUUUAAAUAUUGGCUAAAUAUCUAAAAGUAAUGAAUUUUGAUGUAGUAUCUCAAAACAAAGACUUAUUCUCUCCAAGUAUUGACUUCAAAAUAAUGAUCAGUUUUCUCUAAAUAUUGGCUUAAUACUGUAUCACAAUGUGUUUUCUAGAGACUUUGAAUCAUUAUGUUGAAAACAUUACAUAUAAGAUUUUUAUUAAUGAAUUAUUGUUAUGACUACUAAGUCAUUAUUUUGACGGAGUAAGUAAAUAUUA